AUGCUAAACUCUGUGCUCAAGCACAGAGAUUUAGAUGCCAGACACAACAAUGACAUUAGCGAUCUUAUUAGAUCUCUGGAUACUUCCAAGUCAGAAAAGUCUAGAACAGUCUCUUGGAAUCUCGACAUAGUACAGAAGUGGCUUUUGGGUGACUCUUAUGAACCUAUCCACUCAGUAUCUCUUAGAAACCUCACUAAGAAGACCCUCUUCCCAGUAGCUCUGGCUAUAGCUAAAACGGUCAGUGAAUUGCAGGCUAUAAACAAAAGAGUGGGUUUUUCCCAAGGCAAUGCUGUCUGUUCUCUUUCCCUGCUGUUUCUGGCAAAGAAUAAGGAUGUGAACAAACCCUGGCAACGUUCUUUUACCCUUAAGAAUCUGAUGGAUAUCAUUGGACCAGAAGAGAAAGAACGGCUUCUCUGCCCAGUGAGAGCGUUACACUAUUAUUUAAAGAGAACAGAAAAGAUUAAAGGGCCUGCAAAGAUAAGCAGUCUGUUUUGUCUCCUGCAGGGGAUGAGGCAGUGGUGGGAGCUGAAGUCUUUGCAUUAUGACACUGUUUUGUUCUUCAAAAUGGGGAAGUUCUACGAACUGUUCCAUAUGGAUGCUAUAUUAGGGGUGCAGGAACUUGGUCUUAUAAUGAUGAAGGGAGAACAAGCCCACGUUGGGUUUCCAGAAAUAGCUUAUGGACGGUACUCAUCAACAUUAAUUGAAAAAGGCUACAAGGUGGCCAGGAUAGAGCAGACAGAAACUCCAGAGAUGAUGGAGAAGCGUGUCAAAAGUAUGACUAAACCAACUAAAUUUGAUCGUGUUGUCAAGCGAGAGGUGUGCCAAAUUAGCACCAAAGGAACACGUGUUUACAGUGUCCUAGACGGGGAAGCCUCAGAGUCAUCAACUUCAUAUUUGUUAGCAUUAGCAGAAAGGUCUACAAGAGGAGCAGGUGAUGGAAGUGAAUUGGGUGUAGCAUUUAUUGAUACAAGUAUAGGGACAUUCCAUCUUGGACAGUUCACAGAUGAUCGUCAUGUGUCUCGUCUUCGUACCCUCAUGGCACACUAUCCACCUGUUCAGAUUUUGGUUGAGCGAGGACGUCUCUCUCAGAAAACUCGAAGAGUUGUUAAUUCAAGUGUCCCUUCAAACUUGUGUGAUGAUCUGGUUCCAGAAAAGGAAUUCUGGACAAGUAGCAAGACACUCAGUUUCCUGGCCGAGGGAACUUACUUCAAAGGGGAGGACUCUUCCUUGCAGUGGCCAGAAGAACUGAAAAAUCUAUUAGAUGAAAAUGAUACAUUAGGCUUAACAGCUCAUCCACGUUAUGAAUUGGCUGUGUCUGCGCUUGGUGCUCUUGUUUGGUAUUUGAUGGAUUGCCAUUUAGAGGAACAGUUGUUAACAAGAAAAUUGUUUACUCUUUACAACCCAGUGGAUGUUGUAGCUGCCGAAGAAAAGGCAAAUAAGGGAUCCCUCCCUUCGUUUAUAAGAAAUAGACAUCACAUGGUACUUGAUGGUGUGACACUUCGUAAUUUAGAAAUAUUUGAAAACACCAGAGGUGGUGUUGAUGGAACUCUUUAUCAGAAGCUGGAUCGAUGCUCAACACCUUUUGGGAAAAGGUUGCUUCGGAAAUGGCUUUGUGCACCUCUUUGUAAUCCAUCAAGUAUUGAGUCUCGGUUAGAUGCCAUUGAAGACUUGAAUAAUAAUCCUGAUAUUGUUGAAGAAGUUGCUCCACUCCUGAAGACGUUGCCAGACUUGGAACGCCUUCUUGCCAAAAUUCACACACAGGGAUUGAACAGGAGUUCAAGCCAUCCGGAGCGUGCUAUUUACUUUGAAGAAGUGAAAUACAACAAAAAGAAAGUUGUCGACUUUCUUGCAGCCCUUGGUGGCUUCAAAACAUGCAUGGAAAUUCAGAAAGCUUUCAAAAGUGUAGCAGAUUCACUGCAGUCAAAGUUAUUACAAAAGUGCCUAAAUGUUACAGAAAACGGUGGAGAUUUUCCAUCUCUAAAAGAAGUUCUCAAGUUCUUUGAUACUGCUUUUAAUCAUGAAGAAGCAAAGAGGGAGGGAACAAUCAUCCCUAGUCAUGGUGUAGACACUGUGUAUGACAGUGCUGUUGAACAGAUGAAAACAACCAAGGACAGACUUGCAGAUUAUCUGAAGGAGCAGUGUAGGCACUUUGGAGCAAAGGUUUGUGUUAGAAUAUGAAUGUUUGUUAUUGUA